UGGGCCGGUGACCCGAGGCGGCCGCGUGGCGGGUGGGCAGGCCUCCGGGUGGUCGGGCGUCCGCCCCGCGACCCGGCCGCCCCGGCGGGAGGCGGCAGCGCUCGGCGGGGCCUGGGUCCCGGGCGCCCGGCGCCGUCCGCUCCCGCCGCGGCCGCCAUGUGGUGCCUGCACUGCAACUCGGAGCGGACCCAGUCCUUGCUGGAGCUGGAGCUUGACAGCGGCGUGGAGGGCGAGGCCGCCAGCAGCGAGACCGGCACGUCCCUGGACAGCGCGUCGGCCUGCCACCCGGGGCCCCUGGCGCCUGCGUCCAGCCUGAGCCCGGACCGCUACGAGCACACGUCGGCGGGAGCCUAUGGGCUUUACUCGGGCCCCCCGGGGCAGCAGCGCUCGCGGAGGCCCAAGCUGCAGCACUCGGCCUCCAUCCUGCGCAAGCAGGCCGAGGAGGAGGCCAUCAAGCGCUCGCGGUCGCUGUCUGAGAGCUAUGAGCUCUCCUCGGACUUGCAGGACAAGCAGGUGGAGAUGCUAGAACGCAAGUACGGCGGCCGCCUCGUGACCCGGCACGCGGCGCGCACCAUCCAGGCGGCCUUCCGCCAGUACCAGAUGAACAAGAACUUCGAGCGGCUGCGCAGCUCCAUGUCGGAGAACCGCAUGUCGCGCCGCAUCGUGCUGUCCAACAUGCGGAUGCAGUUCUCGUUCGAGGGCCCCGAGAAGCUGUGCGGCUCCUACUUCGAGGGCCAGCAGGUGUCGCUGAGCGGCGACGGCGCGCCGCGGGGGGCCCUGGCGCCGGCCGAGCGCGGCGACCCCGGCGCGCCCCCCGCGCCCCCCGGCGACCUGGCGGACGCCAUCACCGAGCUGGAGGACGCCUUCUCGCGGCAGGUGAAGUCGCUGGCCGAGUCCAUCGACGACGCGCUGCACUGCCGCGGCCUGCACGCCGCCGAGGCGCCCGCCGCCGACGCGGGGCGCGCCCGGGACCCCGAGGCCGCGCCCGCGCCGCGCGCCGCCGACCGCCGGCGCCUGGACGAGAUGACGGCGUCGUACAGCGACGUGACGCUGUUCAUCGACGAGGAGGAGCUGUCGCCGCCGCUGCCGGGGCCCCGGGCGCCCGACGCCGACCUGCGGCUGCGGGCGGGGGGCGCGGCGCGGGACCCCUGGGCGCGGGGGCGCGCCGACGGCACGGGCGACGCGGACGCGGGCCGCCGCAGCCCCCCGGCGCCCGAGCCGCGGCCGCGCGCCGAGCCCCUCCCGCUGCUCACCGUGGAGCCGCCCAGCGACAGCUCGGCCGACCUCAGCGACCGCUCGGACCGCGGCUCGCUCUCGCGGCGGGGCGCCCACGAGCGCGGCCCCGGGGCGCCGCAGGGCAGCCCGCAGCGCGGCCCCGCCGCCGGCCUGGCCCGGGAGGAGCCCGAGCCGCGGCCGCGGCCGCCCCGCGCCCUGGACGGCCACCUGGCCAUCAACGGCUCGGCCAACAGGCAGAGCCGGUCGGAGUCCGACUACUCGGACGGCGACAACGACAGCGUCAACAGCACGUCCAACUCCAACGACACCAUCAACUGCAGCUCCGAGUCGUCGUCCCGGGACAGCCUGCGGGAGCAGACGCUCAGCAAGCAGACCUACCACAAGGAGACCCGCAACAGCUGGGACUCCCCGGCCUUCAGCAACGACGUCAUCCGCAAGCGGCACUACCGCAUCGGCCUCAACCUCUUCAACAAGAAGCCUGAGAAGGGCGUCCAGUACCUCAUCGAACGUGGCUUCGUGCCGGACACGCCAGUGGGGGUGGCCCACUUCCUGCUGCAGCGCAAGGGCCUCAGCAGGCAGAUGAUCGGCGAGUUCCUGGGCAACCGGCAGAAGCAGUUCAACCGAGACGUGCUGGACUGCGUGGUGGACGAGAUGGACUUCGCCGCCGUGGAGCUGGACGAGGCGCUGCGCAGGUUCCAGGCGCACAUCCGCGUGCAGGGCGAGGCGCAGAAGGUGGAGCGGCUCGUCGAGGCCUUCAGCCAGCGGUACUGCAUCUGCAACCCGGGGGUGGUUCGGCAGUUCCGGAACCCGGACACCAUCUUCAUCCUGGCCUUUGCCAUCAUCCUGCUCAACACAGACAUGUACAGCCCCAACGUCAAAGCCGAGCGGAAGAUGAAGCUGGACGACUUCAUCAAGAACCUGCGAGGCGUGGACGACGGUGAGGACAUUCCCCGGGAGAUGCUGAUCGGCAUCUACGAGCGCAUUCGCAAGCGGGAGCUGAAAACCAACGAGGACCACGUGUCCCAGGUGCAGAAGGUGGAGAAGCUCAUCGUAGGGAAGAAGCCGAUUGGAUCCUUGCAUCACGGGCUUGGCUGUGUGCUCUCUCUGCCCCACCGGCGGCUGGUCUGCUACUGUCGACUCUUUGAGGUUCCGGAUCCGAACAAGCCCCAGAAGCUCGGGCUGCACCAGCGAGAAAUCUUCCUGUUUAACGACCUCCUGGUGGUGACCAAGAUUUUCCAGAAAAAGAAGAACUCGGUGACGUACAGCUUCCGGCAGUCCUUCUCACUGUACGGCAUGCAAGUCCUGCUCUUCGAGAACCAGUACUACCCCAACGGCAUCCGGCUCACCUCCGCUGUCCCCGGAGCAGACAUCAAGGUGUUAAUCAACUUUAACGCUCCCAACCCUCAAGACCGGAAGAAGUUCACCGACGACCUGCGGGAGUCCAUCGCGGAAGUGCAGGAGAUGGAGAAACACCGGAUAGAGUCGGAGCUCGAGAAGCAGAAGGGCGUCGUGCGGCCCAGCAUGUCCCAGUGCUCCAGCCUCAAAACGGAGCCCGGCAACGGGACGCUGAGCCGGGCCUGCCUGGACGACAGCUACGCCGGCGGCGAGGGCCUCAAGCGCAGCGCCCUCAGCAGCUCCUUGCGGGACCUCUCCGAGGCGGGGAAGCGAGGGCGGCGCAGCAGUGCGGGAUCGCUAGACAGCAAUGUGGAAGGGUCCAUCAUUAGCAGUCCUCACAUGCGCCGGAGAGCUACAUCAACACGAGAGUGUCCAUCUCGCCCACACCAGACUAUGCCUAACUCAUCCUCCCUCCUGGGCUCCUUAUUUGGGAGUAAGAGAGGGAAGCCCCCUCCCCAGGCCCACCCGCCCUCGGCCCCUCCCCAGCCGCCCCCCCACCCACCGGGCCUGCCCCACGCUCCGCACGCCGCGGCCGGCCAUCACCAGGCGCCUGCCGAGGGCCCCACGCAGGCCCAGGUGCACGCGCACCACGCCCAGUACUGCCACCUGCAGCAGAACCCGCCCCCCUACCACCACCACCACCACCACCACCCCCCGCAGCACGUCCAGCACGCACACCAGUACCACCACGGCCCCCACGGGGGGCACCCCCCCUACGGGGCCCACGUGCACAGCCACCCACCGCUGCCCUCGGCCCAUGCCGGCCACCCGGGCCACGGCCACGCGGCGCACCACCACGGGCAGCCCCCCGCCCCGCCGCCCCCCACCAGCAGCAAGGCCAAACCUAGCGGCAUCAGCACAAUUGUGUAGACAGCCUGGGCCGGGUCCCAGACGUCCCCGGAGCAUCCGCACACCACACGGAGAGGCGCGGCCGGCCUCAGGCCAGACCCAGGGCACCUCUGUUUCCACCCCUCCCUCUGCUCCCCACGGCCUGGACCGAGCCCUCCGAGCCCACGGGGCUCGUGACGCAGGGAACAGAACCCGGUGUCCCUUAGCGUUGGUGUCCGGGUCCACGACAGCCCAAGGGCUGGGCCUCGGCCACCAUCAGCCUCGAAAACGGUGCCACCGGCCACGUAGACGGUGAACUGCCCCCCACUCCCCCCAAAGCAGCCCUCCGCUCUGCUCCCUAACUGUACACGCGUAUGAGAACCCAGCCUAGGAGGAGAAGAAAGGAGACACAAAAACCAGAGACAGAGCAAAACAAAACAAAAAAAACCCCCAAACUUGCUGCAUUUAUUGCUCUUUUAUUGACAAUGGGCAAAAAAUUAAGUAGACCUGACAUGGUUGAUGAAAAUACGUAAGUAAACUUUAUAUAAUAUAAAUAUAUAAAUAUAUAAAUAUAUAUACAUACUGUAUAGGUAGCACUUGUGUGUGAGCGGAAACGUCUCAGUCCACAGAACUAGCGAUAGAGGCUUUACAAGGAGCCCCACUUACCCGCUAGGGAGAGUGUAUCUUACAUGAAUGUGUGAGAGAGUAAACCAAAAACGUAAAUGCUAGGAACAAAUUCAGAUGCUUCCAUAUUUUCAUAAAAAGAAGAGAAGUCCCUCCAGGACUGGCUAAAACCUUUAUGCGAAUCAUCACUAACUGUGCCAAGUAACAUAGCAUCUAACUGUUUAAAAGAGUCCAAUAUUGCUUUGUACAAAUCCUUAUUUUAUUAACAGAAAACUAUCAUAAGUAGUCAGUAUUAUAAACUGCUCUGUUGUUUCAGGUAAGCAAAUAGAUACAAUUGCAGUAAACGCUACAGUAGCCUCAGGACAGCUGGUCGGGGACCGCUUGUCUGAGGAUAUUGGUCACACAGACUCUUAGACACUUUAACGGCUGCGAUAACUGUGAAUUUCCAUGAUCCAUAUUUCUUUUAUAUGCAUUUAUUUGAUGCACACUCAUUCAGAGGCCUCCCGGGGGCCCCCAUCCACGGCACAAGUGCUCAUCUGCAAGGUGAGAGCGGCCGGCCCCCGUCCUCGCCUCCCCGGCACCAUGACUAACUCGUCCCGUCCCGACUGCCACAGGCGCCCCCCCCCGCCCCCCCCCCCCGCCCCCAGCGAGUUUCCGCCCAGAACCGCUCUGAACCCGGAGGCUGAUUCUCGCAUGUAGUGGCCCGGGCGGUGUGUGUGUUUCCCGUGUUGUUUUCUGAGUGGUAGCCGCCAUCAUCGUGACUCCAUGUGGCCGUGUGCUGGUACCACCCAUGUCAUCCCCGCGGCCCCUGCGACACCCCCCCCCCCGCCCCGCCGGUGAGCGCCGGCCCUCGCCGCCCAGCGAGGCCCCCGCUGCCGUCUCACGGCCCCGUCAGCUGCCCGGCGUCACGUGACUGCUGCGCUCUUGUCGCUUCCGUGUCGUGGUGACCGUCCGCUCCCCCGGGGCCGGGCGCCGCUCGCGUCCGCGUCUGUGACUGAGUCACCCACGGGCCGUACUUUGUAGUUUCAGCCUCUCCAGCCACCGCAGCCGCCCGUGCUGUGCUCCUAAGCCGCGGGACCGGAGGACUGCCCCGCGGGCCCCGCCCCGGCCGAGGGAGCCCUUUCAGAAAGGGCGAAGCCACUGCCGGACUCUGGGGGCCGCGGGCGCCGCGCUCCGUGGACAGCGUGGCGCGCCGUGGCCAGACGGCAGGACGACCGAGGGGAGCCCACCCGGUGGGCCGGCCGGGGGUCGUGCGCCCCGCUCCCCACCCGCCCCUUUGUCCAGUCAUCCAGGCCACCAUACCAGCAAAUCUGCAAACCAAGCACUUUGUUAAUCUCCACAGAGAGCAAAUACAGCAAUCUAGAGUUUAGCCUUUUUUGUUUGUGGUUUUUUUUCUUUUUUUUUUUUGGAAGAAGUGUGACUGUGACCUGCCCGCCUUUAUCUUCCCACCGUGCCUGUUUCUCUCCCGGGCGCCUGCUCGGAAGGAGACGAGUAUACAAAGCACGGCUGUGUCUGAUUUGGGCCAGGCCACGCUGGCGGGAGGCUCCCCGCUUCCACCGGCUCCUAAAUUCUUGGGUUCCCUGCAGAGUCGGGCUCCCCGAGGCCUUCUCUGCCUUGCAGUUUGAAGGAUGUCGUUCCGACCGGGAGAAGUCGAAUCGUACUGCAUGCCACCCGGCGUCAGUCGUGCGAGGCCACACUCUCUGUAUUGUGUAUUUGCAAACUAUAUCAGUGUUACUGUUGACAAAUAGUUGAAGUAAAGUGAUAACAUAUUAAA